AUGGCUGCUCCCAAUCAACAUGGGGCGUCCCUGCGUUUGGCUCAAGCUGCAAUUUUCAAUGGCAAAGGGUUUGAGGAUGCAGCUGGCUAUGCUCGUUACCUUCUCCAGUUCCAAGAUCGUCCACUACAUCCUUCCAUCACUCUCGAUCUGUCCAGGUUCAACAGUGCCAAGGAGAACCGGGUUAUAAGCUAUCCUCACUUGAUGUUCGACCAUAUGUUGAACUACCAUGCUGAUAACUAUGAUGCCGAGCUUCCAUUUGCUCCACAUAUAACUCAGAUUCUGCUGGCCUUAGGAAUAGAUUUGAGGUUUAAAGUGGCUCGUGUGGACAUGAUCAGUUCUCUUCGUGCUCAGUUCAUUCUGCGCAAGGCAGGAGGAAGCAAGCACAUCAGUAGGAAUCUGAUGAUGGAGGUUGAAGAUGCUAUAUCAGAUUAUGUGCCAUCACCUAAGUUUUCGUUCUAG